GCCUGGUCGGCAGCUGGCUGCGCUGUGUGCAAUGUUUGCACAGGAAGCUGAUGAGUGCAAAGGCAGCGUGGAGGGUCCACACGAGAUUGAUGCUGCUCACUGGGAGCAGGUUGACCACGCCCUGGACAUUUUGGCCGAUGUUGCGGUAGCAGGCCACAAGGAGGAGCUGCAGGCGCUGGCUGCGGAGCUGCGGGUGCACCUGAUGUCGCUGGGCCACAACGAUCGGCUGUGGCAGCUGCAGCUCCUUGAGGUCGAGCGCCAGGCAGAAGCCUCGCGGUCGGAGCUUGAAGAGGCUACGGAUGGCCUGGAGGAGGUCUCGCAGGAGCUCGCUGCGGCGGAGGCCGAGAGCGCGGAAGCGGCCCAAGAGCUCCGGACCAUCACCGAGGAGUUGUCCAAAAGCGAGGAAGCGACUGCCAGUUUGCAAGCCGAGCUGCACGAUAUCCUGGCAGAGCAGACCAGCUUGAGAAAGCAAAGGGCCUUGCUUUUGGAGCAGCAGGAGGCACAACGGCGAGAGGCAGAGCGCCUGAAGCAGGAAGAGCUUCGCCGCUUGGAAGAGGAGCGGCUGGCGGAGGAGAGGCGGCAACAGGAAGAAGAACAGCGCCGGCAAGAGAUGCAGCGACAGGAGGCGGAACGCUUGGCGCAGGAAGAGCUGCACCGCUUGGAAGAGGAGCAACUAGCGGAGGAGAGGCGGCAACAGGAGGAGGAACAUCGCCGACAAGAGAUGAAGCGUCAAGAGGCAGAGCGCUUGAAGCAGGAAGAGCUCCGCUUGGAAGAGGCGCGGCUUGCGGAGCAAAGAAGGCAACAGGAGGAGCAGGCCUUGCAGCGCGAGCGCCGGGUGAUAGGCCAAUCUCUGGACGAGACCUUUGCCCAGCUCCGCCAGGAUUGCGCCAAGAGCUGCCUUGACCUCUCCGGCAAGACCUGUGACCCGGGCCCCGGUGAAAACGACCUGCGGCGCCGGAUCCAGGCGGAGGUCUGGCGCGGACAGUCGCCGGAGAAGCGCGCGGAGAGGAUGUUCACCCGGCCCGCCAUCUCCACGGCGGCCCAGAUGGCGGCGGCGGAGGCGGCGCUGCUGUCGGCGGCGGCGGCGCGGAAGGCCAGCGUGCAGCAGCUGAACGAGGCUCAGCCCCUGCAGCCUUCGACACGGCAGACGUUUCCUCGGUUCGAGGGCCAGGAGGUGGCCAGGUGCGAGCGGGUGGCGCCCUGGCCGGGGCCGGGCCAUCCUGCAGCUCGGGUUGCGGCGCCGCAGCGGGUGCUUCCUGUUCCCUUCAGAGGUGACCUGUGGCAGGGCCAAGUCGCCGAGAGGAGCCUCGGGCACGUUCGGACCCUCUCGCCGGAGCGGGUGCAGUGCUGGAGCCAACAGGCCCAGCCAAGGCUGGCAACUCCUUUGCAGGCGCAGCGCACCACCUCCUUCGCGGCCAUCGCCCUACCCCAGGCUGAGGAGGGCCCGCGUCAGCCGAUCAGGACCAGCUCUCCAUUGAGGACAGGCUCCUUCGUGGCAGUGGCGAGGCCGCCCGAGCUGCACCGGACCGCCUCCCCGCUGCGGACCACCGUCUAUCCGCCCGCGCCGCCCGAGCUGCACCGGGCCGCCUCCCCGCUGCGGACCGCCGUCUAUCCGCCCGCGGAGCUGAACCGAGUGAGCCUGGAUGGUUCCUAUGCGGUGCUGCCAGGCGGACUACGAUCCAAUGGCGGGUAUGUGGAGGAGACGCAGUACGUGGGUGUCGUGCGCCUGGCGGACCACGUGCGGAGGAAUCAACUCUGCCGAGGCGUCGUGGAGGUUGCGCCUGCCCCAAAGAAGUCCUCCAGGAUCGCCCUAUGAACGUGCUCUGGCGCCUCGCUCGCCUAGCUCGUCUUCGCGUGAAGCCGAAGGGGAGGCUCCUGGAGCAAAGCUUCAGGCAGCUCUCCGUGGCCAACUCAGGAUCGUGCCCGACCUUUUGAUAUGUGUGUUCCUGGCUUUCGGCCCGAAACGGGCCCAAAACGCCCCUUAAAAGUGGCGCAAGGUUGGGGCAGCCUCUUCCUUCAAAAAAAAACACCUCCCCCACCUCAGCAGGUUCGAGCCCGUGCUUGGCGGCGGCUUUGCGGAGGGUCAAGGCACCCCAAGUCGCCCCAGUGGUGACCUGGGGCUUUUUUUUCCCAAACCCCAGGCCGAACCGGUCGAGCGGGAACCUGAAACGACA